CGGCCGCGCAGGCCCCGCCCCCGUGCGGGCGGGGCGGUCUCGCGACGGGAAACGGAAGUGCGGACCGCUGCUGAGGGCCGAGGGCUGCGCGGGCGCGUCUCCGGUGUCCUGGCGCAUCUCUAGAUCCUUCCCAGGAGUUCCAUUAUGGGUGUGAGAGGUUUGCAUGGGUUUGUGGCAAGUAGCUGCCCACAUGUAUGUACGGUAGUAAAUUUCAAGGAGCUGGCGGAACGCCACCGAAGCCAGCACCCUGGAGGGACCCCUACCGUCGUGGUCGAUGCCAUGUGCUGCCUCAGGUACUGGUACACGCCGGAGUCUUGGAUCUGCGGUGGACAGUGGAGGGAAUACUAUUCUUCUUUGCGAGAAUUCGUGAGAACUUUUACCGCUGUUGGCAUCAAGCUGAUCUUCUUCUUUGAUGGCAUGGUGGAGCAGUCCAAGAGAGACGAGUGGGUGAAACGCAGACUCAAAAACAAUAGGGAGAUAGCCAAGAUCUUCCACUACAUCAAGUCCCACAGGGAGCAGCCGGGCAGAAACAUGUUCUUCAUCCCCUCGGGGCUGGCCAUAUUUACGAGGUUUGCUUUGAAGGCCCUGGGUCAGGAAACUCUGUGCUCGUUACAGGAGGCUGACUACGAGGUGGCCUCCUAUGGCUUCCAGAACAACUGUCUUGGGAUUCUUGGAGAAGACACUGACUACUUAAUCUAUGACACCUGUCCCUACUUCUCCAUCAGUGAGCUCUCCCUGGACAGCCUGGACACCGUCAUGCUCUGCCGGGAGAAGCUCUGUCAGAGCCUCGGGCUCAGCCUGGCCGACUUGCCCCUGCUGGCCUGCCUGCUUGGCAAUGACGUCGUCCCCGAAGGCAUGUUUGAGAGCUUUCGGUACAAGUGCUUGACGUCCUAUACCUCUGUGAAAGAGAACUGUGAUAGAAGAGGUAACAUUAUCUUAGCUGUAGCAGACCACAUAUCUAAGGUUCUUCGGUUGCAUCAAGGUGAGAAAAAGCUGGAAGAGAUGCUACCUUUGGGACCAAACAAAGCUCUUUUUUAUAAAGGAGUAACAUCGUAUCUUUUGCCAGGACAGAAAUCUCCAUGGUUUAUCCAAAAACCUAAAGAUGUAGUAACUUUGGACAAGCAGAUACUGUCCAUGAGUUCAGAUCCUGAAUCUAAGCAGGAAGUUCCCAUGUGUAUGGACCCUGAAUCCAAGCAGAAAUUACCUGUAGGUACAGACCCUGAAUUUAACCUAGAAGCACCCAUGUGUACAAACACUGAAGUUAAACACGAAGACCCUGUAAAUACGGGGCCUGAAGCCAAGCAUCAAGUAACUAUGGUUACAGAUCCUGAAAUCUUAAAGGUCGCCAGAGCACAGCACGUCCAGGCGGAGAGCUACCUGGUGUACGGCGUGAUGAGCAGCGGUGAGGUGGAGUGCAGCAACAGCCUGGAGGACGCCACGGACCAGGCCCUGCCCAGCCAGGCCUUUGUCUACCGGCCCGUGCGGCAGCGCGUCUACUCCCUCCUGCUGGGGGGCGGCGCAGGUGGUUUCAGCACCAGCCCCGCUGUCAAGGAGUGGUUUGUGUACUCCGGGAACCCACUGAGGCAGCCGGACCUCGUCAGGCCUCUGCAGAUGAACAUUCCAGGGGGAACGCCUAAUUUGAGACAACUGUGGCUGAGCCAAGAGCCAGGAAUCCAGGCCCAGCGCUUGGACACACUCCUGGCCUGCUUUGACCUUUCAUCCUCGCGAGAAGAACUGCAGGCAGUUGAGAGCCCCUUUCAAGCACUGUGCUGCCUCCUGGUCUACCUGUUUGUGCAGGUGGACACUCUCUGUCUGGAGGAUUUGCAUGCCUUCAUUGCGCAGGCCCUGUGCCUCCAAGGAAAGCCCACCGUGGAGCUUGCAGACUUGCAGGAAGUAGACAGUAUGAGCCUGACCAGUGGAGAAGAUAUUAGUCAUCUUCUGAAACAGUGUGCACAGAAGCAGAAGCCGCAGAGCCUGGCUGUCAAACCAGAGUGAAGCCUCUGGACCCUCUGGACCAUCCUUCAGAGUUACGUCAUCUGAGGAGAGGCUCUCUGGGGGUUCCAGACCCAGACUCACAUCAAGAGGAAAAGUGUCUGUUUCAGCCUUCUUCCAAAAUGCCUUUGUUGGCUUACUUGUAGAUGUCAUCCUGACUCCACGUCCCCAAACAGCCAUGGUUAACAUCUUCACGCCAGUCUGCAUCUGUUGAUUCUUUUAAUGAAUUGGAAUCUUAUUAUGUCCCACUUUCUUUAACUUUAAUACUAGAUUGUGAGGGCAUUUCCCAGAUGAUCUUAUCUUUCAAGACAUGAUGUCUAAUAAGCUAUAUCAUUUUCCAGGAAUUAUUUACUAAUUAUAAAUUAUAACCAGAAGUAAAGUUUCCAACUGGGUCUUCACAGAGAAAGAUGUACUAGCUUCCUUCUCACCCUCUUGGUGGGAGAGGUGGCUGCAUGUUCUUGACAUUGCAUGUGACGCAUGGGUCACCCUUUCAUUUAGAAUUUGCUCCAGCCCAGAGCCUGUGCCUGUGAAGACACACCUGGAUUCAGCACAUGUUAGGCAUCAGACAGGAAGCCUGCAAACUGUAGAGAGAGGCAGUAGUUGAGUGUCAGGAAGCCUAAUUUAUGAUGCCGCUAACAAGUAGGACAUCUGUUGCUCUUUAUCUGUAAGCCCUGAAUGGCUCUUGUUGUUAAAAAAUAUUCUAAAUGAAUCCAACUUCAGAGACAUUCUUUUCAUGAAAGAAUUUUCACAUAAUCUAAGAAUUGAAAUUUUAAGCCCCAAAUUGUCCUGACCUCAGCCCCUGGUUAUUUUGAUAAUUGAAAAUAAUCUAGAUUAGGGAUUAGGUUAGCAGCUGUCUCCUUUUGGCCUGGAGCUGCUGUGACUGCCAAUCCACCUUCCAGGCUGCACCCAUACCCAGGAGAGCCUCUUGAGUCGUGCUUGCUGGCACUCACAAGACAUGUCCUUCAGCUGAUGUCAUUAAAACAAAAUAAACCCUAAACGAAUUGCAGUGCAGUUUGUAUCUUUGCACUUGAUGCUUUAGCCUGACUGACAGCUCUGUGUGCAGGCUCCUUACUUUGUUUUAGAAUCCCGUUUGGUAAUAUGUACCAAAAAGAAAUAGAGUCUCCCAUUCACUUCCUACAGGUCCUUCUUCAGGACAUCUGCAUGUCUAGUCACUUUUCAUACAAUCAUGUAGGACCUAUAGCCUUAUUUCCCAGUUUUGGAAAUAGGUUUUUUUUUAUAUGUAGGUUUCCUGUCUAAAUUUUUAACAUUCUGUUCAUUUUGUUUUUGCUAAUUUGAGACCACUACUGCUUCUAGAAGUUUCAUUUCUUUAUUGCUUAUUUGCAUAACUUUAAAAUAAAUCUCUCAUUCCUUAGACUAGAAGAGUAGACUUCCAUGAAUAUCAUUUCCCCCCGUCAUAAGUAAAUUCUAACUUGUCAGUAAAAUGUUUAUGUUAAUAAAAAAAUGUUUAUGUUCAUUUAGCAAGCUUAAGUAAAGCCAUUGAGUUGAUAAAAUCUUUACUACAUUUGCAAAACCAGUGUGAUUUUUUUUCUAAUUUUGGUGUUAUAUUAUCUCUGCAAUUAAGUCUUCUGAUGAAGUUUCCACAUACCAGUUUUAAAAUGAAAAUAAAAGUAUUAUUAUUCAUAA